GACUUGGCAGACCACUGCCCACCUUCCCCACCUCAGAAUGCACCUCGGACGUGGAGCCUGACACGCGGGAAAUGGUGCGAGCCCAGAACAAGAAGAAGAAGAAAUCUGGAGGCUUCCAGUCCAUGGGCUUGAGCUACCCAGUAUUCAAAGGCAUCAUGAAGAAGGGGUACAAGGUGCCGACACCCAUCCAGAGGAAGACCAUCCCGGUGAUCCUGGAUGGCAAGGACGUGGUGGCCAUGGCCCGGACGGGCAGUGGCAAGACAGCCUGCUUCCUCAUCCCCAUGUUUGAGCGGCUCAAGACCCGCAGCGCCCAGACCGGGGCCCGAGCGCUCAUUCUCUCACCCACCCGAGAGCUGGCCCUGCAGACCAUGAAGUUCACCAAGGAGCUGGGCAAGUUCACUGGCCUCAAGACUGCCCUGAUUCUGGGCGGGGACAAAAUGGAAGACCAGUUUUCGGCCCUGCAUGAAAACCCUGACAUAAUCAUUGCUACCCCUGGGCGCCUGAUGCAUGUGGCUGUGGAGAUGAACUUGAAGCUGCAGAGCGUGGAGUACGUGGUAUUCGAUGAGGCCGACAGGCUGUUUGAAAUGGGCUUUGCAGAGCAGCUGCAGGAAAUCAUCAGCCGCCUCCCAGGGGGCCAUCAGACCGUCCUGUUCUCCGCUACACUGCCCAAAAUGCUGGUGGAGUUCGCCCGGGCCGGCCUCACGGAGCCCGUGCUCAUCCGGCUAGAUGUGGACACUAAACUCAACGAGCAGCUCAAGACUUCUUUCUUCAUCGUGCGUGAGGACACCAAGGCGGCCGUACUGCUCCACCUGCUGCGCAACGUGGUACGACCCCAGGACCAGACGGUGGUGUUCGUGGCCACAAAGCACCACGCCGAAUACCUCAGUGAGCUGCUGUCGACCCGGGGGGUGAGCUGCGCCCACAUCUACAGUGCCCUGGACCAGACGGCCCGCAAGAUCAACCUCGCCAAGUUCACGCACGGCAAGUGCGCCGCCCUCAUCGUGACUGACCUGGCCGCCCGGGGCUUGGACAUCCCGCUGCUGGACAACGUCAUCAACUACAGCUUCCCGGCCAAGGGCAAGCUUUUCCUGCACCGCGUGGGCCGUGUGGCCCGGGCCGGCCGAAGUGGCACAGCCUACUCCUUGGUGGCCCCAGACGAGGUCCCCUACCUGCUGGACCUGCACCUGUUCCUGGGCCGUGCCCUCACCCUUGCCCGAUCCCACGAGGAGCCCUCAAGUGCGCUUGGAGUGGAUGGCGUGCUGGGCCGGGUGCCGCAGAGCGUGGUCGAUGAGGAGGACUGCGGCCUGCGGAACACCCUGGAGGCGUCGCUGGAGCUGCGGGGCCUGGGCCACGUGGCGGACAACGCGCAGCAGCAGUACGUGCGCUCCAGGCCGGCGCCCUCCCCCGAGUCCAUCAAGCGGGCCAAGGAGCUGGACCUCGCGGUGCUGGGCCUGCACCCCCUCUUCAGCUCGCGCUUCGAGGAAAAGGAGCUGCAGCGGCUGAGGCUGGUGGACAGCAUCAAGAACUACCGCUCGCGGGCGACCAUCUUUGAGAUCAACGCCUCCAACCGGGACCUGAGCAGCCAGGUGAUGCGUGCCAAGCGGCAGAAGGACCGCAAGGCUAUUGCCAGCUUCCAGCAGGGGCGGCAGGGAAAGCAGGGGGGCCCAGCUGGCCCAGCCCCAAGCUGCCCAACACUGAAAGAGAAACAGCCGAAGGAGGAGGAGCAGGCAGCAGAGGAGGAUGUGGAGGACGUCUUCACAGAGGUCGUGUGCCGGAAGCGGCAGCGGCCGCGGCCAGGACCUGACCGGGGAGCUAAGAGACAGAGAGAGGAGGCCUGGCAGCGGGACCAGGAUUUCUACGUGCCCUACCGGCCCAAGGACUUCGACAGCGAGCGGGGCCUGAGAGUCGGUGGGGAUGGAGGCGCCUUUGAGCAGCAGGUGGCUGGCGCUGUCCUGGACCUGAUGGGGGACGAGACCCAGAACCUGAACAGGGGCCAGCAGCAGUUCAAGUGGGACCGGAAGAAGAAGCGGUUUGUGGGACAGUCAGGACAGGAGGACAAGAAGAAGAUCAAGACAGAAAGUGGCCGCUACAUCAGCAGCUCCUACAAGCGGGACCUCUAUCAGAAGUGGAAGAAGAAACAGAAAAUCGAUGAUCGCGACUCGGAGGAGGAAGGGGCAUCUGACCGGCGAGGCCCGGACCGAAGACGUGGGAAGUGGGGCCGAGGCCAAGGUGCCUCCCAGACCCGCCCGCCAGGCACCCCCGCCGGCCGCGUGCGCUCGGAGCUCAAGACCAAGCAGCAGAUCCUGAAGCAGAGGCGCCGGACCCAGAAGGUGCGUUUCCUGCAGCGUGGGGGCCUCAGGCAGCUCUCGGCCCGCAACCGGCGCCACGCCCAGGAGCUGCAGCAGGCCGCCUUCGGCCGGGGCGCCCACUCCAAGAAGGGCAAGAUGAGAAAGAGGAUGUAAGGGUGACUCGGCCCCUCGGCCUCUCGCUCGGUCCACACGUGGACGUCAGCAAAUGCUCCCUGUGUACCGUGUGCCUGGCCCUGGGCUGGGUGUCCGGGGAGCUCCCCGCAGGAACCAUCGUCCGUGAGAAGGAGCGCUGCACGGCCACAGAGGGACAGCAGCUGCCUGUGCCUAAGACAGAGACAUUCGAGCAGGGUCUUGAAGGGUGCAUAGGAGUUUGCCAGCAAGGCCAGGCAGGUCGAGACCUGACUGGCAACUCGGCUCUUGCUACUUCCAACGUGUUCUGGGUUCAGAGGUGGUGGCCACCCGGGUCUGAGCCCUGAGUGCCUAAGGCCCACUGAUGUAUUUUUAAUGUAAUAAACGUUUAUUGAGCACCUC